UCCGAGCUCUUCCGAGUGACUGCAUCCAUCUCUCGUCUCCCUCUCCCAUUCCAUCGUUCCGCAAAGAACUACGAACUCUUGUUGAGCAAAUAUCCGACUAGCCACGACAUGGUUUCGUCAAUGAAGCAUCACAGAGAUGAGGCCGGCGCUUCCUCGUCCCUCUCCCUCUCGCUGGCCCUCGGCGCCGUGGCCGACCGAAGCAAGAAGAUGCGCCGCGGCGGCGUGGACGGCGAGUUCGUGUGCAAGACGUGCGGCCGCUCGUUUCCGUCAUUCCAGGCUCUGGGCGGGCACCGGACAAGCCACCUGCGCGGCCGCCACGGGCUCGCGCUCGGCCUCGCUGCCGGGUCCGAUAAGCCGGCGACCAAGAAGACCACGGACCAGAAGCAGGCGCACCAGUGCCACAUCUGCGGGCUCGAGUUCGAGAUGGGGCAGGCGCUUGGCGGCCACAUGCGCCGGCACCGUGACGAGGCGGUCGCCACCACGGCGCAGGCACCCCCCGUUCUGCUCCAGCUCUUCGUCUAGCUAGCUCCAUUGGUUUCUUUCUAGUCGUAGGUUUACUGGUUCACCUGUGUGCACGAUUGGAUUUGUACAUUUGCUGCACACUAGUAAGUGUUGAUCGCUGGUUCAUUCGUCCAUAUUGACGAACACGUACAUAUUUCGGGACUUGUCCAUUCGUUCACUUUGACGUACAUGUACAUAUUUCCUGACUUGUU